CGAGGAUACGGGCGAUCCGCCGAUCUCUCGAUCGUUGGGUUUGCUGGAGACUGGUUGGCCAUGUUGGCUCCAACACACCACCCUUACUACCUUGCUGAUGAGGACCGUUUCCUCCGAGGACUCCCGAACCGCGAACCUACACCAUGUAAUGUAUGAUCAGAUGGCCAGCAUCUGCUCAACACAUCGAACCUAGUCUGCCCCAGAGUCCGAGCAAGAUGGGAGACGAGUCAACGUCACUAGCAAUGGCGGUUGAGGUCAUCGACCAACGUCACCAUUGACAAUGCCCCCCAGCCCCAGGUUCUACCCGUAGCGAGUUACCUUAUAAGAACUCCAUCCCACCAUCCAUGAUCCGUCUAUUGCAACCCAUCAACUUCCCCACACUAAUUCACCCUCAUCUCUCUUUCCGAAACAAACAACUCACCAUCAUGGAUCGAGCAAAGCAAGCCGUCGACGAGUUCGUCUCCAAGGCAGGUCACCACGACACCACGGUCGAGGAGCGGGUCGCACCCGCCGUGAAAAAGGAAACCGUCCGCCCAACCCAGCACGAGGAGAUCAACACCGCCAUCGACAAGGAGGUCCACCAGGACCACUACCAUCGCAAGGUCCAGCCCAUCCACGACACCGAAGUCCUUCCCGAGCAGCACAUCCACAAUCGCGGCAAGGUCGUCAACCGCGAGUUCGACAACCGCGACAACGAGGCCACCGAGAGAGCCUUGAGAGCCGAGGCCGGCAAGAUCAAAGAUGAGCGCACCGUUACGGGCACCACCCACACGCAGAGCCACGCCCCCGUCGUUCAGGGUGAGCAGGUUCACCACCACGUCCACGAGACGAUUCAACCUGUGAUCCACAAGGAGACCAUCCAACCCUCAGUGGUCCACACCACGGUGCCCAUCCACGAGGUCCAUCACGAGCAGGCCAAGCACCACGGCACCACCACUCUCCCGGCCAUGUCGAUGAACGAAUUCAAGCAGCAGGGUGGUGCUCUGGGAGGAAGCUCCGAGCGCUACGGUGCCUUUGAGGGCUGCCCCAAGGGUGUGCAUCAGCAGGGCUGCGGCCACGAGAUUGGCAGCGGACCCGCUCCCAACAAGAUGACCUCGAGCACCAGCAGAAGCACUGCCACCACUGGUACAUCAGGCAUUUCUUCGUCCAUGUCCUCGUCCGAAGAGAACAUUUCCAGCACUACUGGCACGACCGGUCUUGGCUCGAGCAGCGUCAACACGGAGAAGGCGAAGCCCAGCUUGCUCGAUCGGCUGAACCCCAUGAAGGAUGCUGAUGGUGAUGGCAAGAGGGGGUUCAUGAGAUAGACGACCAUUCCUGGAGGUUGUAAGAGCUUUUCUGUAGGAUCACUCGAGUUAGCAGUCAUAAAUAAAAAGGAUGUAGGAAUGACCGUGUCACAUCUUGACAUCUCUUUUCUUAUGCCUGAAACUGAAAAUCAAAUACAUUCGACGCUGCA